AUGGAAGAUUUGGAGAUGAUAGCAACGAGCAUCGUUCGUCCGAGAGAAGUAAACCAAGCAGGUCGUGUGAAAGAGAUCCAUCUGACUCCUUGGGAUCUCUUCCUUCUUCAGCUUUGUUAUCUACAAAGAGGUCUUCUCUUUCCCAAGCCUGAUCAAAAGAUUGAUGAUAUAGUCUCACGUUUGAAAACGUCUCUUUCAAUUGCUCUCGAUCAUUUCUAUCCUUUCGCUGGUCGUCUUAUCAAGGUAAAGAACGACGACGGUAGUGUCUCGUUUUCCGUUAACUGCGACGGUUCCGGCGUCAAAUUCGUCCACGCCUCGGCUAUGAACGUCGAGAUUAGUGAUAUCGUUGACUACUCUGGUUUCGUCGAUGGGUUUUUCAGUUCUUUCUUCCCUGCGAACGGAAUCAAGAACUAUCAAGGUGUGUCAAACCCUUUACUUAUGGUUCAAGUAACUGAGUUAAAAGAUGGGAUUUUCAUCGGUUUUGGUUAUAACCAUACCGUUGCUGACGGGAAAUCGAUAUGGAAGUUCAUCAAUGCAUGUUCAGAGAUCUGCUCCAAGGAAGUUUCUACGCAUCAUCUUGUCCUCAAAGGUUGGUUUCUCGAUGGGGUAGAUUAUCCGAUCCAUGUUCCAGACCCUGAAGCAAAAGCACCUAGCUACGUUGCUUCGACACGGACCAAUCUACAAGAGAAGGUGUUUCAUCUCACAAAGGAGAACGUUUUGAAACUGAAAGCCAAAGCCAAAGAUGAGGCUGGACCGUCUGAUGACAGGAAGAUCUCUUCUCUUCAAGCGGUGUUGGCACACGUGUGGCGUUCGACGGUUAGAAACAGAGGCGUGAACCGAGAAGAAGAGAUUCACUGUAGAGUACCGGCAGACAUGAGGCUGAGGCUAGAGCCACCGCUGGAGAAAGAGUGUUUUGGGAAUGUGAGCCAGACCGGGAUCGCCACAACCAACGUUGGGGAGCUUCUUGACCAUGGACUAGGAUGGCCUGCUCUGCUGAUAAACAAAAUGGUGGGGUCACAGAAGAAUGAGACUUUCAAAGCUUUCGCUGAGAAUUGGUUGAAAAGUGACAAGAUUCCGAUUGGUUUCGGGAGCAACUCCUUGGUUGUCACUAGCUCCCCUUGGUUUAAUAUCUACAGCAACGAUUUCGGUUGGGGUAAACCGGUGGCUGCAAGAGCCGGACCGCCGUAUCUCAAUGGGAGACUUAACGUUUUCCAAGGUGGUGAAGAAGGAAGUCUUGAUUUGCAAGUCUGUUUACGGCCUCAAGUACUUGUAAACUUAUCCAAGGACGUUGAGUUUCUCCAGUAUGUGCAUUCUUGUAAUCAUUUGGUUUAA